CCAUUGGCAGGCUGUGGAAAUGGAUGCGAGGAGAGGGCUUCCUUCGUUCGUGUCGGCGCAUGAAGAGGAAGACGGCAGGGAGAAUAUACUUAUAGGUUGGACACCACUUAUCGAACUAAAACGGAUUGUGGCCAAAGAGGGAAUAAAUGUUCGGCUGAUUGGGAAGAUGGAAGCAUAUCAACCCCUCGCAUCUGUAAAAGACCAUGGUGCUCUCAGAAUGAUAGAAGAUGUAGAGGAAAAGGGUCUUCUAACUCCAGGUGUUAGUACAUUAUUGGCGGCUACAGGUGGAAAUCUUGGAAUUGGUUUGGCAUACAUAGCUAUUAGAAAAGGUUACAAAUUCAUUGCAGUGAUGCCAACCGAAUACUCAUUGGAAAUUCUAUUGAGAUAUUUGGGAGCUAAAGUGUCACCGACUGAUUCUAAAUUAGGCUUUCAGGGAAUGAAUGAUCGUGUGAACAAACUAAAGGAAAGCAUUCCAGAUGUCUAUGAAAUUGAUCAGGUUACAAACCUGGCAAAUCCUGAAGCUCACUUCAGGGGCACUGGACCUGAAAUAUGGAAAGAUACAGCAGGCAAGGUAGAUAUUUUUGUAGCAGCUGCAGGCUCAGGAGGCACCAUAACUGGUACGGCAAGGCAUCUCAAGAUGAAAAACCCAAAUCGUGUAAUGCUUAAUAAGUCUCGAAUGACAAUGUUAGUUGUUUUGGUUCAUUAA